AUGCUCAAAUUCGCCAAGCAUCUCUCACGACCAAACCUUCGCUUCACUCUCGCCACCACCGAGCAAGCCCGUGAACUCCUCUCUGCCGCCGCCACCACCGACGAAGAACACCCUGUAGAUCUCGCUUUCUUCCCCGAUGGUCUGCCUAAAGACGACCCAAGAAUCGCGGAUUCUCUCAUAGUGUCAUUGAGAAAUGUCGGAGGCAAGAACUUGUCUAAAGUCGUUGAAUCAAAGAGAUUCUCUUGCAUCGUCACUGCGCCAUUUACUCCAUGGGCUCCAGGCGUCGCAGCUGCAUUUAACAUCCCUUGUGCAGUCCUAUGGAUCCAAGCUUGUGGAGCUUUCUCGGUUUAUUACCGUUACUACAUGAAGACAAACGCUUUCCCCAAUGAUCUCGAAGACCUGAAUCAAACAGUGGAAUUACCAGCUUUACCAUUGUUGGAAGUCGGAGAUCUCCCUUCGUUUAUCUUGCCUUUUGCAGGACGUAAUCUCAACAACCUAAUGGCGGAUUUCGUCCUGUCCUUGAAAAAUGUGAAAUGGGUUUUGGUUAAUUCGUUUGACGAACUCGAAUCAGAGAUUAUCGAUUCUAUGUCUGAUGUAAAACCCAUAAUCCCCAUUGGUCCUUUGGUUUCUCCGUUUCUAUUGGGAGCGGAUGAAAACGAAACCCUAGAGGGGAAAAAUCUGGACCUGUGGAAAUCGGAUGGAGAUUGUAUGGAGUGGCUUGACAAGCAAGCUAGGUCUUCGGUUGUUUACAUAUCUUUCGGAAGUUUGCUCAAAUCGUCGGAGGGUCAAGUGGAGAGCAUAGCGACGGCUCUGAGAAACAGAGGAGCUUCAUUUCUCUGGGUGAUUAGGCCUAAGGAGAAAGGAGAAAACGUCCGCGUUUUGCAGGAGAUGGUUCAAGAAGGUCAAGGUGUUGUGAUUGAGUGGGGUCCACAGGAGAGGAUACUGAGCCACGUAGCGAUCUCUUGUUUCGUCACGCACUGUGGAUGGAACUCGACGAUCGAGACGGUGGUCGCUGGUGUUCCAGUGGUGGCGUACCCGAGUUGGAUGGAUCAGCCGCUUGACGCGAGACUGCUCGUGGAUGUGUUCGGAAUCGGCGUGAGGAUGAGAAACGACGCCGUCGACGGCGAGCUUACGGUCGCAGAGGUAGAGAGAUGCAUUGAGAUCGUGACGGAGGGACCUACAGCCGCGGAUAUGAGGAGGAGAGCGACGGAGCUGAAGCAUGCCGCAAGACUGGCGAUGGCUCCUGGUGGAUCCUCGGCUCAAAAUUUGGACUCGUUCAUCAGUGAUAUCACAAGCACCUGA